AAGGCGCUUCGUCCUCCACUUCUUGCAGUCGCAGAAAAGGGAACUUCACGAUUGAAGCUCAACGUAACUUGUAAGCCACGCGGAUCCCGUCUCCGGAGACAUCAGUGAAAGAUAUAAUCCAAGACUCAGGAGAUCCUUAGCAUGGAAAAUGAGAUGGAGGGAAAGGGAAGAGACGCGGAAGCAGAGACGAUAGACAUCGGCAGUCCACUGCCAUGCCCUAACACCGUGACUAUUCGUAGGAACCCCUAUCGUAGAGCUCGUGCUACUCCCAUCAAAGCUUCACAAUGCUAUAAUUCAUCUAUUUCAAAGUUGCGAGAAGUUCCGCCGUUCCCUAAUGAAGACAUUUUGUCCGCACAAAAUCCGGAAAAUGCUCCAUUGCAGCUCUCCUCUACGUCUCAUGGAAAAUCAGAGAGCGAAAACAUCAAAGUUUUCCUGAGAAUCCGACCUCUCCUAAACUCUAAGGGUCCUGGAAAAGUAGGCUCUACUGUUGCUGAUCAGAAUCAGAGGUUAAGAGCUAAAAAUGCGUGGCCUCAGAACCCAACAAAAAAGAAUACAUUAGGACGGGAGAAAAUUGUCAAAGGGUCCAGAAUUUGUAUAAUGCUUAAUGACCCUCAUUCGGUGACACUAUCACCCCCUACAGAUUUGCAAGAGUCUAAGAAAAUCAAAUCUGAGACUUACGGAGGUUUCUCUCAUGUUUUUUCUACCGAUUCAUCUCAGCUUGCAGUGUAUGAGAGAAUGGUGAAACCUAUGGUGGAUGACUUUCUUAGCGGUAAAAAUGGGAUGUUGGCUGCACUGGGGCCCAGUGGCUCAGGCAAAACGCAUACUGUUUUUGGGCGUCCAAGGGAGCCUGGAAUGGUACCUCUUGCCCUUCAACACAUCUUCAAGGAGACUGAGACUAGGGCCAAUCAGGCAUUAAGUUGCAGGUCCUUUUACAUAUCAAUAUUUGAGAUUUAUUCUGAACGAGGUAAAGCGGAGAAGCUGUUUGAUUUAUUGCGAGAUGGUUGUGAAUUGAGCAUGCAACAAUCAACUGUAAAAGGCCUGCAAGAGGUUCUCAUAUCUAGUGCCAGACAGGCAGAAUCCUUAAUAGCACAAGCGAUGCUCAAACGUGCCACUGCAAUGACUAAUACUAACAGUCAAUCAAGCCGUUCACAAUGCAUAAUUAAUGUUUGCCAAAAGUGUGAAGAGGCAGUCAGCUCACCAUCAAAUAGUGCUGUUUUGACUAUAAUUGACCUUGCUGGAGCAGAAAGAGAAAAGAAAACAGGGAAUCAGGGGACAAGAUUUCUUGAAAGCAAUUUCAUCAACAACACUUUAAUGGUGUUUGGCUUGUGCUUAAGAUCCUUACUGGAGCACCAAAAAAAUCCUAAGAAACCAUUGCAGAAGCACUUCCAAAACUCAUUGUUAACUAGGUUUCUUCGAGAUUAUUUGGAGGGCAAGAAGCGCAUGACCCUGCUUUUAACAGCAAAGUCAGGAGAAGAAGAUUAUCUUGAUACAUCUUACCUACUAAGACAAGCUUCCCCUUUCAUGAAAAUCAAGUAUAAUGAAGUUGAACCAUCAAAUAUUGUUCCUAGCAAAAGGCAGUACCAAGCAUCAUCUAUAGUGGAGAAAGCAAAACCGUCAUCUAUUUUAGGGCAAGCAAAGCGAAUGAGACUUGUUAGCAGUGAAGAUAGUAAUGAAGAGCGCAAUGUCAAAGGAUUGCACAUUUCUAAAGGAGGAGUUUGCAAAUUAAAAGCUAAUAGGCGUACCCCAAAGUCACAGCGUGAUAGCCAGGCUCAGAGUGAAAGAAGCCACGUUAUUAUGCAGAAUUUUGCCAAAGCUUUAUGGAAUAUUUUGAAGCAAUACAAUAGCAAGCUAAAGGUUGCAGAAAUGGAAAUACAAAAUCUCAGAGAAAGCAUUGGGCAUGAAAAGGAAAAAUAUCAAGAGCUGGAAACAGAGAUAAAUGAGUUCAAAGCAUUCUGCACUUGUCGCCAAGGGAGCAAAGGAUGCAAUGCUUAUAAUCAGGAAACAUUUGAUGCUCAAGCAUCAUCUAUGCCUAGACUUCAUCAUUCAGAUUAUGAGCCUCCACUUGGAACUUCCUGUAUGCUUUUGGAUGCUGAAAAAUCAGACAGGAAAGAUGAGGACUGCUCAUCAAGACCAAGGUAUCGUAAUGCUUCGGAGGUUGAGGGAGAGAGCAAGAUACUAACAGAGUUCAACGAUUCUUUAUCAUUGCCUAAUGAUGAAAAGUUGGGCCCUUCGUCACCCAUGGAUGCCUCAUCUACCAAAGCCUGUGACCAUGCUGGUUAUCGACCUGACGACACUAAUGCUUCUCACCAAUCUGAUGAUAAAUUAAUCCUAUUGAAUCGUCAGGAAACUUUUGAUGCAGAAACAUUAUGUGAGCCUAGACUUGAUCAUUCGGAUGAUGAGUCUGUACUUGGUACAUCAGGCACGACUUUGGACACUGAAAAAUCAAACAGGAAAUGCUGGGCCGACUCAUCAAAACCAGGGAAGCGUGAUGCUUUGGUGGUAGAGAGCAAGAUAGUAACUCUUUUCAGGAGUUCAACAACUCACCACUGCCCACUGAUGAAACGCUGGAACCUUCAUCCCCUAAAGCUGUCUCAUCUACUAAAGGAUGUGACCAGGUGGGUAGUCGGCAUUCCGAGAGAAGGGACAACUACUCCUGCAACCCUCAGAAGCCAAAGAGGAGACUUUUGCCUUCCACGUCCGUGUUAUUAAGGGAUCUGAGUAACCUCGAUCUUGUAGGCGAGGCAACGACAUUGAAGGGGAGAAAAGAUACGCGGAAGUCAGCUUCAGGUGAUGUGAAACGAACAGAUGGAAGUAUCUCUCUUAUCCGAAUGCUUAAGAGCAAUCUUCAUUUCUAGUUGCCCUGGUUGCCUGAAGUCUUAACUUCUAUUUUUGGCUAAUGUGUAGUCAGCGCUUCAUACUUUAUUUACGUACUGAUGAUUUGUACAGAAGUUGGUCAUGGGUUAUUGGUUCUUGUUUGUUCCCACAUCUGUUUCGCAAUGUAGGGACCAAGUUUCCCACAUUUGCCCGUAUCAAGGCCGCACGCUGGGUAGUGUGCUUGGGACU